UGCUGAGGCUUAGCAAGACAACCAGAACCCACGAAGAAACAGUAACUGAAUAAUUUGGGUAAUAAGACAAAAACCACGGUUCCGAGCUGCGCGACCUCGGCAUCAACAAGAUAGCCGUCUACACCACGGUUCGGAGCUCUGUUGUCGCUCAAGUUUGGAGCUUCGAGACCCAGUUCAUCACCGGCGCAUCUAGACCCACCGGCAAAGCAUCAUGGUCAUCCACGUACAGAGCACUUUCAAUUCAGAGCUCUGUUCCCAAGUGACGGCAAAUAACGGCGAGCACGCGCUGUACAGAGCACUCCGCUGCCCUCUGCCGCCACCACUGCCCUCUGCCGCAUCGCUGUCCUCUGCCGCUUCACCGGUCUCAAACCUCUGUUCAGUAUCACGCGCCGGUUACACUCCGGCCUCCUCAACCUGCGCCCCUCGUCCUCUUCAUCCAGAUCGCGUGUCAACACGCUCGAACACUCCGCCAUGCGGCCGACGAUCAUUCCCACUAUUCCCAUUUAUCAGUCGCCGUUUCGUUGCUCCAUCAUCUCCCGCGCACAGCCAGCAGCCGUUUCUCCAUCAGAGAACCAACAGUAAAUUUCCAGGGAUGUUUUUGGAGAGUAAAAAGAUAAAAUGGGUAUUAUAUUAAUCAAGAGUAUUUUUGCACUAAUUAAAAAUAAUAAGAGUGUUUUUUAUACAUUUUUUAAAAUAAAAAGUAAAAAUGCUAUGAAAGACGUACUUUGCACAUAACCCCUUUUAGAAUGUAUGAUUUCAAAAGUCAUAAAAUAUUCUCCCAAAAAAAUAUUUCAUAAUUGAUUUUUAAGAUUAAUGUGAUCAGCCAAUGUUUUUUGUUUUUUAAAUUUAAUUAAAAUAAUCAGGAGAAAUUAUUGUAAGAAAGCUUUGUUUAAUCCUUAUAACGAACUUCCAAUAUAUCGAAAAGGUCAAAAAUAAUAAUUUCAAAUUUAAAUAAUUUUUUAUUUCUUUCAGUAAAUACAGGGAAGGACUCGGAAGGAACUACGCAAAACUUGAGGGCAAAAAUAGGAAGAAAAAAAAAAGAAGCGCGUGAAAAGGACUUGUAACGUAACAAUCGGACUCAAAACUCCCGCUCAGGUUUUCAUUCAAGGAGAAAGGAGAUGCGGACAGCCGAAGGAGAUCAGAGCUCUGGAUCAGCAAAGAAGAACCUCGUAUUCGCUUAUUAUGUUACUGGUCAUGGAUUUGGCCACGCCACUCGCGUUGUAGAGGUUGCACGUCAGCUCAUUUUAGCUGGGCAUGAUGUUCACGUGGUUACUGGUGCUCCUGAUUUUGUUUUUACAACUGAAAUACAAUCACCAAGAUUCUUCAUCCGCAAGGUGCUGUUGGACUGUGGAGCUGUUCAAGCUGAUGCUUUGACAGUUGACCGUCUUGCCUCAUUGGAAAAGUAUUCCCAAACAGCUGUAGUCCCUCGGACUUCAAUUUUGGCAACAGAAGUUGAGUGGCUAAAAUCUAUCAAAGCGGACUUAGUGGUUUCAGAUGUUGUUCCUGUUGCAUGCCGAGCAGCAGCGGAUGCUGGAAUUCGUUCUGUUUGUGUCACCAACUUCAGUUGGGACUUUAUUUAUGCAGAGUAUGUGAUGGCUGCUGGAAUUCAUAAUCGCUCAAUUGUUUGGCAGAUUGCUGAGGACUAUUCUCAUUGUGAGCUACUAAUUCGUCUUCCAGGAUACAGCCCAAUGCCUGCUUUCCGUGACGUUGUUGAUGUACCCCUUGUUGUGAGGCGGUCACACAAAUCUAGAGAAGAGGUUAGGAAAGAUCUUGGAAUCGGGGAUGAUGUGAAGCUUCUUCUUUUCAAUUUUGGUGGGCAGGCAGCUGGAUGGAAGCUAAAGGAGGAUUAUCUACCUGCUGGUUGGGUCUGCUUGGUUUGUGGUGCUUCAGACAAACAGGAGAUUCCACCAAAUUUUGUAAAGCUUCCAAAAGAUGUUUACACGCCUGACUUGGCUGCAGCUUCAGACUGCAUGCUGGGAAAAAUUGGAUAUGGCACAUUCAGUGAAGCUCUGGCAUACAGAUUGCCAUUUGUCUUUGUACGCAGAGAUUACUUUAAUGAAGAACCAUUCCUGAGGAAUAUGCUUGAGUACUACGAAGGUGGUGUUGAGAUGAUUCGGAGGGACUUUCUCACUGGAAACUGGGCACCCUAUCUCAUGCGUGCUGUUAGUUUGAAACCAUGCUAUGAGGGAGGCAUCAAUGGCAGUGAGAUGGCUGCUCGCGUACUUCAGGAUACAGCCAGUGGAAAAAAUCAUGGCUUCGAUCAGAUUAGUGGAGCAAGGAGGUUGCGGGAUGCAAUCAUACUUGGUUAUCAACUGCAAAGAGCUCCUGGUAGAGAUGCUUUUGUGCCGGAUUGGUAUAGUCUUGCACAAAAUGAACUUGGUUUUCAUACUGAUGAAACAAUUGGAAAAAGCACUCUUACAGAAGAAUGCACUGUAGACUUUGAAAUUCUUCAUGGAGAUCUUCAGGGUCUCUCAGAUACAAUGAGUUUCUUAAAGAGCUUGGCAGAACUAGAUUCUGACCACAGUAAGCACCAAAUGCGGGAGCACAUGGCUGCUGGUGCGCUGUUCAACUGGGAGGAGGAGAUUUUCAUAGCAAGAGCACCGGGGAGGUUAGAUGUAAUGGGAGGGAUUGCAGACUAUUCAGGAAGUCUUGUUCUGCAGAUGCCCAUCAGAGAAGCGUGCCAUGUUGCUGUUCAGAGGACUCAUCCAAGCAAGCAGAAGUUGUGGAAGCAUGCAAAGGCUAGGCAGCAUACUGAAGCACAAGGACCAACUCCUGUUCUUCAAAUUGUAUCAUUUGGGUCCGAGUUAGGUAAUCGCGCACCAACAUUUGACAUGGAUUUGUCAGAUUUAAUGGAUGGUGGUCAUCCAAUAUCAUAUAAGAUGGCACAAGAGUACUUUGCCCGAGACCCAUCCCAGAAGUGGGCAGCAUAUAUUGCUGGAACGAUUCUAGUAUUAAUGACUGAGUUAGGAUUCCAUUUUGAGGAUAGCAUCAGCAUACUGGUUUCUUCUGCGGUUCCAGAGGGGAAAGGUGUAUCUUCUUCUGCAGCAAUUGAAGUUGCCACCAUGUCUGCCAUUGCUUCUGCUCAUGGGUUGAACAUUGCCCCUAGAGAUCUUGCUUUGCUUUGCCAAAAGGUAGAGAAUCACAUUGUUGGAGCUCCUUGUGGUGUGAUGGACCAGAUGGCUUCAGCAUGUGGUGAAGCAAAUAAACUUCUUGCAAUGGUGUGCCAGCCUGCAGAGGUAUUAGGACUUGUGGAAAUCCCUUCCCACAUACGAUUUUGGGGAAUUGAUUCAGGAAUACGACACAGUGUUGGCGGUGCAGAUUAUGGAUCAGUAAGAAUAGGUGCCUUCAUGGGUAGGAAGAUAAUGAAGUCUGCCGCAUCUGAGCUGUUGUCCAGCUCAUUGUCAAAUAAUAGCUCUCAGCAGCAAGUGAACGCGAUAAACUCUGACGAAAUGGACGCGGAAGGCCGUGAACUACUUGAAACUGAAGCUUCAUUAGAUUACUUAUGCAACCUCUCACCACAUAGAUACGAAGGUUGUUAUGCAAAGAAGCUUCCAGAAUCAUUUCUUGGCGAAAAAUUCUUGGAAAGGUAUAUUGAUCACAAUGAUUCAGUCACGGUAAUUGAUAAGAAGCGCAACUAUGCAGUGAGUGCAUCCACUAGGCAUCCUAUUUAUGAGAACUUCCGUGUCCAGGCUUUUAAAGCAUUAUUGACUGCUUCUUCCUCAGAGGAUCAACUUUCUGCUCUUGGAGAACUCAUGUAUCAGUGUCAUUACAGCUACAGUGCUUGUGGUCUUGGCUCAGAUGGGACAGAUAGGUUGGUAGAGUUGGUGCAAGAAAUGCAGCACUCUAAAUUGUCUAAAGCUGCAAAUGGAACUUUGUAUGGGGCAAAGAUUACAGGUGGCGGUUCUGGUGGAACAGUUGGUGUUAUUGGAAGGAAUUGUCUGAAAAGCAGUGAACAAAUUUUUGAGAUUCUGCGGAGAUACAAAGAAGCCACCGGCUAUUUGCCAUUUUUAUUUGAGGGUUCUUCUCCAGGUGCUGGAAAGUUCGGAUAUCUAAAAAUUCGUCGUCGGCGGACGCUUCAAAACUGAUUUUGCAUCUUUGCUUUUAAGGUGAUGUAAGUAGAGUAAUAAAAUGUUAAAUAUUUAAUGUUUUUGUUGCUCUUAACAUAUGCAAGUUGGAAAAAGAGGAAUAAAUCCAAUGUAAAUCCAAAACUCUUUGUCACUACUCAGCAUCAUUCAAUAAAAUCAUCUAUUUAUUCCUUUUUUUA